AUGGCGAUCACCAUUCAUGACUACAUGUUACCAAACGAAACCCACAACCUCUACAACGUCAACUUCUUCGGAGACAUCAUCCACGCCCUAUUAACUCACGAUCCCACCGUGGUCUCCCAAUGGCUGUCAGAAAUCCAGUCUCUCAACCAUUCUCAAGAUCGUCGUCUGAUAAUCGGCCUUGACGUCAAGUGGCGCAUUGAAAUAAGGAAUCUUUCAUCCAACAACUUGUCAGGGAGAAUUCCUACAGAAUUGUUUUCAACAUCUAUCUUUGAGAUUGCCGAUGCAGAAGAAAACUUGGGUGAAAGUGAAGUUCGGGAAGCUCACUUGGCGAAAUCCUUAUUUUUCAUUAGAAUUGGUGACAAGGAAAAGGCACUGGAACAACUCAAGUUAACAGAAAGUAAGACUGUUGCCGUUGGACAAAAGAUGGACUUGGUUUUCUACACAUUACAGAUUGGUUUCUUCCACAUGGACUUCAAUCUCAUCUCUAAAAGCAUUGAUAAAGCAAAGAACUUGUUUGAAGAGGGAGGUGACUGGGAGAGGAAGAACCGUUUGAAGGUGUAUGAAGGACUAUAUUGCAUGUCCACCCGUAACUUCAAGAAAGCAGCCAAUCUUUUCCUUGAUUCUAUCUCUACUUUCACGACUUACGAGAUAUUUCCCUAUGACACCUUCAUAUUUUACACGGUCCUUACGAGCAUUAUAUCCUUGGAUAGAGUUUCCCUGAAACAAAAGGUUGUGGAUGCUCCUGAGAUCCUGACUGUCAUUGGCAAAAUCCCAUAUUUAUCGGAGUUUAUGAACUCUCUGUAUGAAUGCCAGUAUAAAUCAUUUUUUUCAGCUUUUGCUGGCUUGACGGAGCACAUCAAGUUGGACCGCUAUUUGCAUCCCCACUUCCGAUAUUACAUGAGGGAGGUCAGAACUGUUGUUUAUUCCCAGUUCUUGGAAGCCUACAAGAGUGUUACAAUUGAGGCUAUGGCUAAAGCAUUUGGGGUGACAGUAGAUUUCAUCGAUUUGGAGCUGUCUCGUUUCAUUGCAGCGGGGAAGUUACACUGCAAGAUAGAUAAAGUUGCAGGUGUAUUGGAAACUAAUCGCCCUGAUGCAAAGAAUGCCCUUUACCAAGCAACGAUCAAGCAAGGCGAUUUCUUGUUGAACCGCAUUCAAAAGUUAUCCCGUGUGAUUGAUCUUUGA